AUGGAAAAACUCAGCAAGUCAGCUCGGGGAGCAUUUGUCUGGACAUUGCUCCAGGGCCGGGCACUCGAAACAGUCGAGCACCUGAAGCCUGACGAGUACCAAGUGGAAGGAGGUGACUCGGUGAUUUUCACCUUGUUAGAUCAGCGUUGGCCAGAAAAGGAUCGAAAUGAUGAAAUGGGCGAGAUUAUCGCCGAAGUGUUCAGUCUGAAGGGCAAAGAUGGGGAGUCGCUUCGCCAGUGGGCAGCUCGCUCCCGCGAGGUCUUUGACAGGUGUUCCAGAAAAGGUGGAGUCAAGUUUCCAGAAGAGGCUCGUGGAUGGGUACUUUUAAACUGCAGUGGGUUGACCGAGGGUGAGCGAGCAGUAGUGCUCGCAAGAGCACAGGGCGACCUCAAGUUUGACAGCAUAGCCCAGUCCAUGAGAAGUUGUUACCCCGAGAUGACAAUCUCUCGGAAGCGCGCCUCUGGAGUUCAUGUGGUAGAAGAGAGUGACCCUGCCGAACAGCCUGAGAGCACUGCAAAUGUUUCUGCCGGUUUUGAAGAUGUAGAACUGUUGUUAGCAGAACAUGGGUUAGCCGAGGAUGGAGAACAUGUACAACAUGAAGAAGCAUGGGAUGAACGUGAGGCUGCCGAGGUUCUUGCAGCAUCUUGGAAAGAUCGUCGGCGUGAACUCAAUACCUUGCAGAAAAAUCGGAAGUUUACUCAGGCAAAUGACUUACGUCGAGCCUUUCGUGUUGAGGUGGAGGAAGUGAAACGUAGGUCAAAAUGUUUCAAGUGUGGCAAAAUGGGGCACUUUGCCCGAGACUGCCGCCAGCGUGGAACUGCCUCAGGGUCUUCGUCCUCAGCUGCUGCCACGAACAAAGAGCAUGGCGCCAGCAUGGUGCAACAUGAAACCAACAUUUUCAAAUUUGGAAAUGGUGAGCGUGAGAUAUCCAACAGGAUGAUUGACAUGCCAGUGCAGAUUGCUGGAAAGCGCGGUAUUGUCCGCGCGGCAGUCGUCAAAGGCGACGCUCCACUGCUGUUGUCUAGGUCAGCUCUCAAAACAUUGAAAGCCAACAUGGACUUUGACAAAGAUGAACUGCAGCUGUUUGGCACUGAUAGUGUUCCUAUGCUGGUCAAUGAGGCUGGUCAAUACACCAUCAAUGUUUCAAACUUUCCAGGAGUGAGCCCAUGUGAACAUCCGCCGUCAGCGUCCGUUGAUCUGCCAGCUUCAACCGAGCCAGCGUUGCCUGAUGGCCAGUCAGUUGACAUGGCCGAAUCAAGAUUGCGAAGUUCAGCUGAUGCAGUGGUCUCCGAAGCAACACCGACAGCUGAUGCACCAGGUCCACUGAUCCGCAAAGCCACCAGACUGAUGGUUUCACAUGCCGACAUGCGUGAGCUUGGAUAUCCUAGUGAAGCCCCCGAUCAGCAGCCGUCUCUCGACCAUGCCGAACAGAAUGUCUCUGUUCCACAGUCUGUUCAAGACCGAAUGCAGUCCGCUGUUGAAGAGACUCCAGCGCCAAAUGCUGCCGGUCCUGCCGUUGAGCCUGAAAUGCCAUCUGCUCCCGCAGUGAACCCGAAGUCACUGUCGGACCCGAGUCCAGGGAAUGCCCAAGACAGUGAAGGGUAUGGCCCUAUCCGUAGGAAGGUGCUAGGGAAACAGGGUCCGAUGUCGCUGUAUCGUCCUGGCUCCAUGGCUCAAGAUGACUUUGCAGAAAUGAUGCAAGAGGUGGUUCCUCAGUUGUUAGAGCAGGUCCUUAAUCAAGAAGAUCAAGCCAUGCCAGGUGCCGAAUCAGCUUCAUCUGCUGGCUGUUCUGCCGGAGUAAAGCGAGAUGCCUCACCAGAUGCUCCAGCGUUGGAGCCCUCUGCCAAGAGCCAGCGAACUGUCUCUCCCGACCGUAGCGAUGUCCUUCCUGCCGAUGUGGUUGACAGAGAAGAAGGUCACACCUUCUCCCAGGAUGAAGUGACAAUUUUGUCGGUAGAACAUGUUCCAAACACUCCUACUGAACAACUUACCAAUGAAGAGCGACAAGAACUUCAUGACAUGUUGAAUCAACAGGUUCCAGUUGAAGUCAUGGUAGCCAGCUAUUUGCAAAAGAAGGCAUCAAAAGAAAUUCAAGGUACUGGCAAUCCACCUGAACUGCAAAGUAAAAUCGAUGAGGCUAAGUUGUUGGAAUGGAAUACGAUCCUCGCCAAGAAUGCUGCCCGAGUUGUGUUGGGCCCGGAAGCUGAUCAGGUCCGAUCAAAGUUUCCUCACCGUAUCAUGGGUAGUAGGUAUGUCAUGACCAUCAAACAGGAGGACGACGCUCCGGCCAGAGUCAAAGCACGCUGGUGCUUGCAGGGCCAUUUAGACCCUGACCUCCGAGAGAAAGCCACUGCAGGAGAUCUCCAGUCUCCUACUCUGUCCCAAGUUGCUAGGAACAUGGUGUUUCAGUUGAUUUCGUCCUUUAAAUGGAGACUCAAGCUUGGUGACAUUCGAGGUGCGUUUCUCUCUGCAGGGGAUUUGCCCAUGCGAUACCGGCCGUUGUAUGCUCGUCUGCCCCAGGGAGGAAUCCCAGGAAUUCCUGAGGGAGCUCUCAUCGAGGUAUCGUUCUCUCAGCAGUCUUUUCCAGUGCCCACAGUGGCUGAUGCAUUGGCAGCAAACAAUGCGAUUCGCCGUGCAAAGCAGCAUAGACCGAUUGGUUUUGUUUGCUACAGACUGCAAGAAAGUCCAGAAGCCUUUGACCUGUUGCGUGCUUGCCUGAGAACAGGCAGAUACCAGAUUAGCCCUGAAGAGAAGAUCCUAGAGCUGCGUGCCGACGAACGCAUCAGACGUCAGACCUUUGCGCAGAAAACAGCAUGUGUUCCCUGGUCGAUCGACGACCAUGACAAGUGUGUGGAGUUGGUGGCUCGUGCCCGCCAGCGUGGAGCCUUUGACUUGGUGAUGAAUCGAGUGCGUCGAGUGGAGGAAGGUUUGCAGGCCGAUUUGGCCGCAGUGGGUCUCACUGAUGGCGAUUACGCCAAAUGUGAUGAGAUCUGUGCCAAAGGGAUCUCUGGCCAUGGGGCCAUGACCGAUGCUUCCAAACGAUCUCAUGCAGCUGUAGAUCUGGAUGAAAAUGAUGAUGAUGCAGUGACGCAGGGAUAUGUGAUGCCUCAACAUUCCAGUCCUCCAAUGUCCCAUGACCAGUACGAGGUGCCAGUGAAGGUGACAUUUCCUCCAGGGGUUCAGUCCUUGCAGGAUUGGGGUUCCUUCAAGGUGACAUUCGGCAAGUUCAAAGGCAAGAAGUCUUACUACCAGGUCUAUCUGGAAAACUCGGAUGAGAUGAUUGAAUAUCGGAAGUAUCUCCUCGCACGUCGCGAGAGUGGAUCAGCCUUGUUGAAAGAUCUGGCCAAAUAUCUUCAUGCUAUGUCUGGAGCUUCUGACGAUGGACAGAUGCCGAUGAUUCCGGGCACCAAUGUGCAGCGUGUCAAAUGGACGUGA